CUCUUUUUUUGUCACACCCACCAUUUUAUUCCCUUCAUCGCCUUGCGCUGAUCUCCUCCGAUUAGCCUUGUCUCUUUCCUCACGCUCGAUUGCUCUUUCAUCACUUCAUACACCUACUCUCUCUCUCUCUCUCUCUCUCUCUCUACUGUAAGGUCUCCUAAAAAGGUUACAAGAAGGUACCUAGAGGGGAAAGGAAGGUGACAGAGAGCUCGAUCUGGUUGCAGCAAGAUGAAGCAUGGCCUGUUUCUUCUGUGAAAAUUUAGAUCUUUUUGACCCGCAGAAGGAAAAAAACCAAGACGAAUAGCGGUUUCGCAGUAGCGAGAAGGAAAAAGAUUGCCUGUUGAAGGAAUCGAAGGAAGGAAGAGCGAAUGAUUCACCGUCCUACCAAGUAAAUAAAGGAAGCAUCUUUUCUUCUACUAUCAUCAUUUCCUUUCAUAAAAGAGCAAUUUUGGAGAUCACCCAUUCAUUUCAUCCUCGUUCAACUCGCGACAACAAAAGAGGAAAAAAAAUCUUCUUUUUUUUCUUCGCCGGAGAAGAAGAAGAAAGAUGGCAACCAAAUGGUGGGAGCGCGUUGAUGUUCCGGGGAUAACUGGGAUUGAAUCCACAGGUGGAACCAGUGGCCCCGGAGGCGCUCACCACCACCUUCUCCGUUCAUCUCAGCCGCCACCUACUCUAGAUCUACAAAAACUAUCUCCAGAACAGAGUCCCAAACACGAAACACCCGCCGCUGCACCUCCCAGCGAAGAUCAGCUUCCGUUGAGCACCGGAAGCACGAAGCGGCCACGCGGCCGGCCACCGGGGUCAAAGAACAAGGAAAAGCCGCCGAUCAUCGUCACACGCGACAGCCCGAACGCGCUGCGUUCUCACGUGCUAGAGAUCGCUGGCGGGGCUGACGUGGCGGAGAGUUUAGCUGACUACGCUCGGCGGCGCGGAAGGGGAAUCUGCGUUUUGAGCGGUGGUGGAGCGGUGGUCAACGUGGCUCUCCGGCAGCCGGGUGGGGCUCCGGCGGCGGUUUUAAGGGGAAGGUUUGAGAUAUUGUCGUUAACAGGGACAGUGUUACCUCCGCCUGCUCCACCGGGAUCUGGGGGGCUGACCGUGUUUUUAGCCGGCGGGCAGGGGCAGGUAGUGGGAGGCAGUGUGGUGGGGCCCUUGAUGGCGGUGGGACCGGUGGUUUUGAUGGUGGCUUCGUUUUCUAAUGCUGUGUAUGAAAGGUUACCGUUAGAAGCAGGACGAGGCGGCGCCGCCGCCGCCUGCGGCGACAUCGCCGUCGUCGGGGGGGACGAGCGGGGAAGGGCGUCGGGAGUGACGAGCGGUGAAGGUGGAGGAGGCGGAGGGGUUCCUUUUUAUAAUUUGGGGAGUUAUCAGAUUGGAGGAGGAGAGGGGUAUAUGUGGGGCGGAGAGGGAAGCGGUGGAGCAAGACCUCCAUUUUGAUUAAUUUACUUUCUACUUUUCAUUUCAUCAUCUUCUUCUUCUUCUUCUUCUUCUGGUUCUUCGUACAAUCAUAUGUGAUCUUCAAAGUAAGGUUCUGCUUCAAGAUUAAAAUGGUUUAUUCGGAUUAGAACAUUUGUGGAACCGGAGAGGCCUAGCUUUUUGUUUCAAGUUUGUCGUAAAUCCAUUUUCGGCUAUAUAUUAUACUGAUCAUCUUAUAUAAUUUUUGUCCUUUUUGCUUGGUGAAGAUUACAUGAUUUGUGGAUGUAUUGAUUGUUAUGUCUUGUAAUUCGA